AUGGGACACGUCAAAGCUGACCGUCGUAGCAGGAGGACUAACGACAGUAACAGCAGCCGUCGCGAUAAGUGCGGCGGCAACAUUGUGCUUACGAUUGGCGAAGGCAUCAGAAAGCAUGGCAAGCGUCGUGCCAAGUGUAAACUGACACUGGCAAUUAGCAGUGACCGUAACGAAGAAAGCGAGAUCUGGAUUCAAACAGUGAAUACAGCCGACAUUUCGUCAACAACGCGUCUCUACUACAAGGUAUGCGAUACUGCGAGCACGAGUGCCACCCAGCUGACGGUGAACUUAUCAAACUGUCGCGCUUCGGUAGCGUUGUACUGA